UAUAUGGUCACACUAUCGUGAAUCAUUGCGGAAAACGUGAACUUGCCGCUGUCUGCUAGGAAAUUCAUUGUUUUAAACUGUAUUAACGUGGAAACGGCAAAGCCAAUCACAUAAAUAUGCAACCGCAAAUCGUGCUCCUGAAGGAAGGCACCGACACGUCGCAGGGCAAGCCUCAGUUGGUGUCGAACAUCAAUGCCUGCCAGUCGAUCGUGGACGCGGUGCGGACGACUCUGGGUCCCCGCGGCAUGGACAAGCUGAUUGUGGACUCGCAGGGCAAGGCGACCAUCUCCAACGACGGUGCCACCAUCAUGAAGCUGCUGGAUAUCAUUCACCCGGCGGCCAAGACCCUGGUGGACAUCGCCAAGUCACAAGACGCCGAGGUGGGCGAUGGCACGACCAGUGUGGUGCUCCUGGCUGGCGAGUUCCUCAAGCAGGUGAAACCCUUCGUCGAGGAGGGCGUCCAUCCCCGUGUGAUCAUCAAGGCUAUCCGCAAGGCCCUACAGCUUUGCAUGGAGAAGAUCAACGAUAUGGCUGUGCAGAUUGUCGAGCAAUCGAAGGAGGAGCAGCGGGCUCUGUUGGAGAAGUGCGCGGCCACCGCCAUGUCCUCCAAGCUGAUUCACCAGCAGAAGGACUUCUUCUCCAAAAUUGUCGUGGAUGCUGUACUCUCCCUGGACGAGCUUCUGCCCCUGAACAUGAUUGGCAUCAAGAAGGUGACGGGUGGUUCCCUGGAAGAGUCCCAGCUGGUGUCGGGAGUGGCCUUCAAGAAGACCUUCUCGUAUGCCGGUUUCGAAAUGGCCCCCAAGGGAUACGACAACUGCAAGAUUGCCUUGCUGAACAUCGAGCUGGAGCUGAAGGCGGAGCGCGACAAUGCCGAGAUCCGCGUGGACAAUGUCAAGGAGUACCAGAAAGUGGUGGACGUCGAGUGGCAGAUCCUCUACAACAAGCUGGCCAAGAUCCACGAGUCCGGCGCCAAUGUGGUGCUCUCAAAGCUGCCCAUCGGCGAUGUGGCCACACAGUAUUUCGCCGACCGUGACAUUUUCUGUGCCGGCCGCGUUCCCGAGGAGGAUCUCAAGCGCACAAUGAAGGCCUGCGGUGGUGCCGUGAUGACCACGGCCAAUGACAUCAACGCCAGUGUUCUGGGCCUGUGCGAGCACUUUGAGGAGCGCCAGGUCGGCGGCGAGCGAUUCAACUUGUUCCAAGGCUGUCCCAAUGCCAAGACAAGCACCCUGAUCUUGCGCGGUGGUGCCGAACAGUUCCUGGAGGAGACUGAGCGUUCGCUUCACGACGCCAUUAUGAUUGUGCGUCGCACCAUUAAGCACGACUCUGUCGUUGCCGGUGGCGGUGCCAUCGAAAUGGAGCUGUCCAAGCUGCUGCGCGAUUACUCGCGCACUAUUGCCGGCAAGGAACAGCUGCUUAUCGCCGCCAUCGCCAAGGGUUUGGAGAUCAUUCCGCGCCAGCUGUGCGACAAUGCCGGCUUCGAUGCCACCAACAUUCUCAACAAGCUCCGCCAGAAGCACGCCCAGGGUGGUCAGUGGUACGGCGUGGACAUCACCAAGGAGGACAUCUCGGACAACUACGAACAGUGCGUGUGGGAGCCCUCGAUUAUCAAGAUCAACGCAUUGACGGCGGCUGCCGAGGCUGCUUGCAUGGUGCUCUCGGUGGACGAGACAAUAAAGAGCCCCAAGGCCGGAGAGGCUCCGAUGGCGGGCGGCGGCAUGGGCAUGGGUCGCGGCAUGGGCAGGCCCAUGUAGAACAAUAGAACUCAUCCAGAAAUCCAGAAAGCACUUCAAAACUAAUCAUCAAAACUCACAUUUCUCUCCUAAUUUAACACGUACACGUAUUACUCGGUCAUAUUCUCGCAUUUUCGAGUGGCGCUUUUCAGAACAACAACACCAGAAAUAAUCCACUGACCUAUCUGUAUAUGUUUAUUAAUAAACACAAUGAAAACUCAUAUUUUCAUAACAAA